AUUAUUCAGUAAUUUCAACAUUUAAAGGAACAGGAUUAAGAGUCAAAAUUGGUUACCUCGAGACUGACCACCCUGAUUCUCUAUUAAGCAAGCAAUAUAGUGACCAUAAAAAGUUGGCAAGAUUUUCUAAAGACUCUAUUGAUGCAACAAAAAAAUUGACCAAAAACAAGAGGGCAUUCAAAGGGUUGAGAUGGAAGGAAUUAUUGGCAAUUUUCAUGAUAAAUAUUGCUGAUGACUAUGAGGAUAGUGAAGAUAGUGUUGCAUCAGAAUUACAAGAUUUAAUGAAUAAACAUUAUAACAAGCCACUGACAACUGGAGAUUAUGUUAAUUAUGAAAGUAAUAAUGAAACUGAAGCAAUGCCUGAAUUAGAGGAAAUUGCUGCAGAUCUUCUUAUUUACAUACAACAAGGAGAAGGGUUUAUAGUGGAAGAAUUUAUUUUAGAUGGUCUACAAAAAUUAAAAAAACAAUUAAUCAGUCAAAAAUUUAAAGAAUCCAAACAAGUUUGGACUCUUAUAUGCAAAUUGACUAAUAAAAUUUAUGAAUCCAAUAAAAAUUAUACAUGA